AUGGAAGAAUCCGAAUGUCCACUUUCGGUGUGGAAUGUUAUCGUGGAGCAAGUCCCGGCGCCAGAGCUCCCAGACAUCCGGGGCUUGUUUGGAGAUGCUUUGAUUGACAUGUACACAGAGAUUCAUACUGAGUGUGGUGAAUUACACCUUGGGAGACACAAGCUGAAUGUCACCCACAUAGAUGAUGUUGUGGCCCACCUCAAAUCAGUUCUGACUGAAGAAUGCGAGGUGCUGAAAAGCCAAGUGCACUUUCUGCAGGAGAGUGUAGAACAGGAACACCGGACACAGUGUGAUGUCACUGAGGCUCCAGAGCCAACUGUAACAGAGCUGAAGGAGGAGAGGAGAGCCAUCCAGUUGGAUCUGAAGAAGCAGAGCCUCAGCCUCACCUACUGUCCCUCCUCCCCUGUGGAAACAAGCCUGCAGAGCAGAUCCGGGUCGAUUGGAUGGACAGGUUUGUCUGCGGAUGAGACACAGAGACACUUGACCCCUGUGGUGGCCCCCAGACUGCAUCCUCCACAUACCAGGCCCAGUCCACCACUAGUAGUACAUCUAGUAAGGAGGACUCCUUCGUUAGACAGGAUGAGAGGCCAACCAUGCAGCUCACCCAACACCAGAGUAUCCAGCCCUCUCCAACCCUCUGAACAUAAACAUCCAAGGACUCACAGCCAGAGCUCUGAGGCUUCCCACCCCUGCAACAGAGAACCCAUCACCACCGCUCAAGCCAGGGACAGCUACCUACCGCCCCUGGGCCCCUCUGCUAGCACAGUAACCACCCAUGGAUCGUACCUCAACCCUGGCUCAGAACAGAGAAUAAGGGGCAGAACUUGCAGGCCUAGUGGUCAGCCUGUGACUGUGAGAGCUCAAAGACAUGAUGACUCAUGGUCAGACUCAGUGAACAGCUGGCCCUUGUUGUUCCCUGGUGGACACAGUCCUCUAGGCACCUCCACACAGCCUCCGGGGAGCAAAGGGAGCUGUGAGCAGAUGAGCCCUGUAAGCAUGUUCCACCCUGUUCCCCCCGCAGUGCAGAGGCCAGCCAGCAGAGGGCCGAGUGGGGCCAGGCACCUGUGUCUGCCGCAGCAGGGGUACAGUCUGGUUAGCUCCUUGUAAACUGAACUCUUUACAACAGAAUAAGAGGAUAGUGAGUCUCUGAUACUGUCAUGUAUGUUCUACCUGCAGUCUGGUCCUAAAAGGAGAAAAGUCUCUCAUCAGAGGUCAAUAAUACUCAUACUUGUAAAAGGGAUGUCGUAAUCUCUUUAAUAUAAAGUAAUACAGUAACCCUAGUCUUCCACAAUGAGCCAAGAGACACAGAGAUGUUAUAUUGUCCUUUUCUAGAGACUGAUAGAAGACCUGAAAGUGAACACAUGACACAAAUAUGGUUGGAUGCUUUCGAAAUGUGUCAAAUUUGAUCUACCUAAUUUAACCAUUUAAUGAAUGUAUUUUGAAGUAAAUAAACGUGACUGUAUUUGGAUAAAUAAAUGUUCAUAUGCCUGUAAUACAUGGUUUAUUAACUGUUCAGAAAGACUAAACACAAAUGGGACAUGAACCACACUUGAGUGAUCUUUAAAAUAGAUUUUAUUUACCAUUUGUAAUGGCACAGUUUACGAUAUACAGCUGACAUGACUAAGACAAUUCAAUGGAUUUUGGCCCUAAGGUUCAAGAGACAUGGUUAGAUAUAUAUGAGAAAGUACCAGUACUGUGUUCAUUUCAUUUGUGCUUUAUUCUCCACUAUGAUAUAAUUGACAUUGGCAUAACAUUGUGUCUUCUCUGCUGACAUGUUGACACAGCAGCUUGUGCAGACCACUGUAAAGGCCUUAUUUCAAAAUGGAAGUUUGUAUUGUUAAAUAUGUUAUAAACACAAAUGACUUGAUUUAAAGUGCUGAAAAAAAAAACGUGUAAAAACAUGUUUAUGAGUUAGAAAUUCAAGAGAUCUCCUCGGUGAUCGUAGAAAACCAGAGUAGAUAAAUCACAGUUUUAGUACAGUAGAGGCCGAGUAUCAGUUUUCAGAACUGGUAACGUAUUCAUUUCUUACAUCCCAUAUAUAGAUGACUUACGACAAAGAUUUCUAAAUGAGAUGAAAAACAAAUGUCCCAAAAAUAUGAAUAUUCAUCUAAUGUGUCCUUGAGUGUACAUUUUUCACUACCUGCUUAUAUUAAUUUUGAAGGAAAGAUCUCACCAGAUGCCAAGUUCAUCAAAUAAUAAUCCCAGUGCAAAAAGGGAAGAAUAAGAUAAGAUUCUUACUCUGGAUAUGAGACAUUUGGUUGAACCCAUUCCUUAUUGUCCAAUUAGUUUAUAUUCUAAAACACUUCCCCAAUACAUUGAUCUUUUGAUCUAAUGUCAUAUUUAUUGCAGUUACAAUGUUACCGAUUUUGGCGUUUGAUUUCUGUCAUCUUUUUUUGCCUUAUAUGCACAUGUAAAAUACUUCAUCAAAUUGAAAAGGCCAGUCUCUUUACACAACGGAAUUUACAGUACAGUCGCUACAUUGUAAUGUAAAAUGGAUUAAUACUGUUAUUAUAUACUUUCCCCAACCGUCAUGUACCUCCAACAGAACAUACUGUAAAAUGCACAUUUCAAGUUUCAACCCAAGCUUUUGUUUGGCAAUACUUUUGAUAUCAGCUGGCUUUUAGAACACGAUAAAGGUAGUGUCACUGAACAUGGAUGAUUCAAUUGUGACAAUAAAAUAUAUAUAUUUUUUAGUUAAAAAAAACAAAAGAUCUCUUAAAAGGUAGAUUGUGUUUUGUUACAUGACAAAAUUGAUAGUUACUGAUUGAUUAGAAUUACAUGACAUCAAUACUGACACUAUCCUGAUCUAAGAACAGUACUCAGUAGUAAGGUAUCGACUACACACAAAUACAUAUUACACUUAACACCGGCUACUUUUACUACAAGAAAAAAUCCUGCCUACCCCCAAAUAAAAACAAAUAAACACACAAACACCAGUUUUUACAUGACUGUACAAGUAUCUGAUAGAGGAAGAGUUCGGUGGACAGCAGAGACCAAACGGUUGCAAUAGCAUGGUGGUUAUCCUUAACUUACUAGCUACUGUAGCUAAUAAAUAAUAGGACUACAAGUCAACAGUUUAACAGUAACAGGAGAAAGAAGAAAUAAAAGUCCCUGGAAGUAUCCAGAGGCAACCUGACCUGAGCCGGCAUGUCUAGAAUAAUCAUACACCAUUUCAUUCUGUUAUCAAAUCCUGUCAUCAGGGCCAUUAUAUACUAAACCCACUUUAGUUCAACCAUUUACACCUGCUGUCAACUCCUUAUUACCAAAAUGAUAUGUAUCCACAGUGUAUAGAACACCUCAGUUAAAACCAUCAUCAUUAUUAAUAUCCUGUGCUAUUCCAGGACCACUCCUACUCUGCUUUAGAACAGGUUGAUUCGUGUGGCCGUACUGUGCUUCUGUCAGCAUCAAAGGAGAACACACUAGUCUGUUGUCAUCUGAAGUAAAGCUUGAGUCUGUUGGGCUGCAUCUAACCUACUGGUGUGCUUUUUGUGUUAGUUCAAAUAACCAACGAAUUUGGGUACGUCCCAAAUGGCACCCUAUUCCCUUUAUAGUGCACUACUUUUGACCAGAGCCCUAGUGCCCUACAUAGGCAAUAAGAGGCCAAUUGGAACCAAAUACUUUCACCACUAAGUAACUACCUACUCCCCUGAGUGUCUGGAUAGCUAACUGUCAUGACACUUUUAACACCGAGAAACUGAAGUAAAAUAGAAGGAGAACAACUCAGUCAUAUAUUCGACAGCAGAAACUGGAUUUAUGCAGUCUGACAAAGAUGUUGAAUAUUAUAUUCAGUGACGUACUGGUUAAAGAAGAAAUAAAACAUCUGAAGUUUCACUAAGAUGCGAUGCUCUAGCACUUAAGCAGCUGCAUUUCCAGACUACCUCUCUCCAUCAGUGCAGACCAGGCAAGGACCCAGUGGAUUCACAAUGUCACCAGACAGUGCCUCAAUACAACACAGAUGCAACGUAACAGAGCAGAGACGAAUGCAUUGAAUUGGAUAGAGAAAUGGGACUUCUUGACAAUUGUCAAUUCCAGCUAUCUGUGCGAGCACAACCCCACAGCAUCCUGCCACAAA